CCUCGUUCGCUCUGUUCUACACAAUGCACACGAAGCUUUUCCCUUUUUUUCCUUUUUCCUUGUUUUUUUUUUUCCUCCUCUCCCCUUUCCCUUCCUUUCCUUUUCCUCAAUCCUUUCUGGGGCAUGAGUGGCAGAAUAUGAAGAGAAUGGAGAGCGAUAGAGACAGAGCGAGAGAGAGAUGAAGGAAAAAAGAAAAGAGGAAAGAAAGAAAGAAGAAGAAAAAAAAGACACGAUCCAACUUCUCGUGGACUUCCACUUCAGCAAAUAAAAGAGGGAGAGAUACUCCGCUGUUUCCGCACCGUUUUACAGUAACCUCCACAGACACACGCAUUGAGUCUUGAGUCUCCCUGCACCCAUAGUAUCACCACCGUGCUGUAUCUCUUUCGCCCCAAAGCUUCUUCUUGCUGCUCUUCCCUGCGUCAAUCUUUGUUUGUCCAUCCUGCCUGUCCGGUUUACCUCCUUCCCGUAGGUUGGCCAGUCAGUUUGCCCCACUUGUCUGAGUGUACUCGUCUCAUUUCUCCUCUCAUUCUUGCACAGCGGUCCCUCCCGGCCAGCUUGCUUGCUAGAAUAGCCGCUGGCUAACCACUCAUCGUCGUUGCUCGGCCUUGAAUACGUACAUGAUACAUAGAUAGAGUGGGAGUGGGAGUGAGAGAGAGAGAGAGAGAGGAUCGUGGGGCAUUUAGUUUGGGGAGGAACAUUGAAUUCCUGCCGCUGCUACCCAUUCCCUUUUUUUAUUAUUAUCUUUAUUAUUAUUUUUUCCCACCGUCCCAUCCCGACGCCGCUUAAGCAGGUGGAGCAGCAAGCAUUUCGAGAAGCAAAGCACGAGCAAGGUCAAAGCAAGCAGCCAAAGCAGCCAAAGCGACCAAACAGCGUCGAGCAACCAAGCUCCGUUACCAGCUUUUCGUGUGCACCCACCACUACGAGUACAAGAGCUACCAUACAGGUAUCCGCUUCCUCCACAUUGUCCAGUGUCCCCCCCCCCCCUCCGGGAAAAUCGACCAUCUCGUCUCCGUCAUCUCUCACUCUUUCUCUCUCCCCCGACACAACCUGUUGACCUCUCCAACUGUGCUUGCGCUGACACACACCGCACGCCGCUUCCGCUGCCUUUCCUGUUGCUCGGCCACAAAAAAUAUUAAUACUCACUUCACCCUCACCCACCACCCAACUCUACCCUCGUCCCACAGGAUAUUCCCAUCCAUCACACACUCUCGCCUCUCUGAUUUCAAUAAAAUCCCUCAGCAUCUUCCGCCCAUCUCCCAUACCAGCAGCUCUCCAUCCAGCUUCUGCCCAACAAAUACCAUACAUCCGGACGAUCUACGGCGCCAUCCGUCCUUCUCAUCGCCAAAAACUUGAACCGCUCCCACCAACCCUUCUUAGAAUAAUCCUGCUUGGGGUGGAAUAGAGCCGGAGCUCGAUAGCCAAAAGCUCGUCUUCUGCUAUAACUCGAAGCCUUCCGCACACCAGCUUUGAACAGGACCUUCCCCGGACGACAGCACUUCUCCUUCGACGGGCCCCUUCAGCACAUUCGCUUCCUCCUCCUCCUACCCAUCCAGAGCGGCAAAAAAUGCUCCUUUCGCUACCGGAUCCUCGUGAAUCUUCACGCUCGAGACGUUCACCGCUCACUCCUCCCUCCGUAACCCCCCCUUCCGUCAGCGUGACUGGGUCGUCGACCAUGCAGAGUGAGAGGGAUCGGUGCACUUCGCCCUCGCAGACGGCGACGACAUUACUCGCCAAAGUUGCCGCUCCUCAACCACAGACGGGAACUACACCAUCGUCCCCGAGAAUGGCGAUGUCGAAUUCGAGCUCCGCUUCGUCGACACCGUUAUCGACGCCGCCCGGGGAUGGUUGCCAUUUCCCCUUCGGCUCGAUGCAGAAGGGUUUGCCUGAGAGUCCCGAUGGUACGUCACUCGCUUUCGCCGUUCACAUGCUCGCUUGCUUUACCCCAGCAAAAGUGGUAGCGACGCGAACGGGGUUACCCCCCCCCCCCCGUUUUAACUCGUUCCUUCUGGCUAAUUCGUUUCCUUCUUUGUGACAAUAGGUGGCUACAUUAGCUUCCCGGUAUUCGAAGAAUUCGGAGACUGCAAAUCUGAAGACGAGGCGGGGUCCCCUCCGCCCCACAAACGGUGACUGGGAUCGCUACAACCGGAGGAAACGGAGCAUCAUGGUCAUGGCAAUUGGCGGAUCCUCGACGGAUUGUACAGAAUCGGUCGCUUGUUUUCGGUGACGGCGCAUGAACAGGUUUUCGACAUUCAGUUGUGAGCGGUAGACGGGAAACCCAUCGGAAAAAACAAAAAAAACAAAAACAAAAACAAAAAAACAUGAAAUCCACAAAAAACAAAAAACAAAAAAAAUACUAAACCACAUAACCAGCUGUGCAUAUUACCGGUAUCCUCUUUUUUUUUGUCAACUUUCAUACGGCGCGUGGGUUCAUUGUCUGCUUCUGUUUCUCCUUUUCUUUUUUUUACAGGCACAUUCCCUUUUCUCUGGAGCAUUGUUCUACUUAUUACACUUUCUUGUUUAUUCUUUAUCAAAGUUUCUACUUUCUUUCUUUCCUUUAUUUCCACUCUCUUGUUUUGCCAAAAGCACUGCCACUAGGGGAAAAAAGUAAUGGGGGGAAGGGGCUUCCUUCAUUCCAUGCUCUCGUGUCCGAAAGCAUUUCAUUCCUUGGUCUGGUCUGGUUUGAAAGUACGGAAGGGUUCGCGAUAGUGGCGACUUGGACAAGUUGGGAGACUCUUCUUACUUUUUCUUGGCUUCGAGGAAUUCUUUUUAUUUCUCUCCAUUCCAUCAACAAAUCUUCAUGUAUUUUGGUGUUCACUUUUCUUAUGGUGGGGCGCGUCUUAUUGGCAUUUAUUACAUCUCGGGCGCCGGACAUGAAAUCAAUGGAAUGGCGCGAGUUUUGGCAUCUUUAUUUCUUCUCUUUUUCCACUUGGUUUCUUUUUCCACCAUUCCAUUUUUCUCCGGCAGGAUGGGGGGAACCUGGAUGGUGGGUGGGAUAACCGCUCCGUGGUCGAUUGCAGCGAGCGGAAUGCUCUUUUGUUUGUUUUUUUCCCCUCUCGUCAACGGAUGUCUCUUCGCCGGAUACAUCAUAACCCUUCCUUCCUUCCUUCCUUCCUUCCACUGAUCCGAAUGAAUGAAUGAAUGGAAAGCGAGGCUAAA